AGUUCCUGCGGGUGGCUGUCACCGCCCCGUUCCUCUCCCAAUGGUGUUCUCCUGAGGCUAGCUGCCUGCGGGCGUCGCCCCGGGAUGGAGCACAUCCGGACAACCAAGGUUGAACAAGUAAAGUUACUUGACCGGUUUAGUACCAACAACAAGUCACUGACAGGAACACUGUAUCUUACGGCCACACACCUAUUAUUUAUUGAUGCUCAUCAAAAAGAAACCUGGAUACUACAUCACCAUAUUGCCUCCGUGGAGAAACUUGCUCUGACCACUUCUGGAUGCCCACUCGUGAUUCAGUGCAAGAACUUCAGGAUUGUGCAUUUCAUUGUUCCCAGGGAAAGAGAUUGCCAUGAUAUUUAUAACUCUCUACUGCAACUAUCAAAACAAGCAAAAUAUGAAGAUCUGUAUGCAUUCUCUUACAACCCCAAGCAAAAUGACACUGAGCGGCUGAACGGGUGGCAGCUCAUUGACCUUGCUGCAGAGUACGAGAGGAUGGGAGUGCCCAACGCAAACUGGCAACUGUCCGAUGCCAACCGAGAGUACAAGGUCUGUGAGACUUAUCCCAGAGAGCUGUAUGUUCCUCGGACAGCUAGCCGGCCAGUGAUCGUCGGCAGUUCCAACUUCCGGAGCAAGGGCAGACUUCCGGUCCUGUCCUACUGCCAGCAGGGCACUGAGGCUGCCAUUUGUCGAUGCAGUCAGCCAUUGUCAGGCUUCAGUGCCAGGUGCCUAGAGGAUGAGCAUUUGCUUCAAGCCAUUAGUAAAGCCAACCCAGGAAACCGCUACAUGUAUGUUGUGGAUACCAGGCCCAAGCUUCGCAUGCAGAGCUGGUGGGAUACACAAAAGGACAUUGGCAGAAUUAUAGUGAGGAUUUCUUCAAAAAUCUGGAAUGAUGAGAAAAUAAGAGAAAGCGAUGAGAAAAAGCGACUCAAUGCAAUGGCUAACAGAGCAGCUGGAAAAGGUUAUGAAAAUGAAGACAACUAUUCUAAUAUUAGAUUUCAGUUUGUUGGAAUAGAAAAUAUUCAUGUCAUGAGAUCCAGCCUUCAGAAAUUACUGGAAGUGAAUGGCAGCAAGGGGCUUUCUGUCAACGAUUUCUACUCUGGUUUGGAGAGUUCAGGAUGGCUUCGUCAUAUCAAGGCUGUUUUGGAUGCUGCAAUCUUCUUAGCCAAAGCAAUAGUGGUUGAAAAUGCAAGUGUGCUGGUACACUGUUCGGAUGGGUGGGACAGGACCUCCCAAGUGUGUUCCCUUGGUUCGCUCUUGUUGGAUUCCUACUACAGGACAAUGAAAGGAUUCAUGGUUUUAAUAGAAAAAGAUUGGAUAUCAUUUGGGCAUAAAUUUUCAGAGAGGUGUGGCCAUUUGGAUGGUGACCCAAAGGAAGUCUCACCAGUGUUUACUCAGUUCUUGGAGUGUGUAUGGCAUCUGACUGAGCAGUUCCCACAAGCCUUUGAGUUCAACGAAGCGUUUCUUCUUCAGAUCCAUGAGCACAUUCACUCAUGCCAAUUUGGGAACUUCCUUGGCAACUGUCAGAAGGAAAGAGAGGAACUCAGGUUGAAGGAGAAGACUUACUCCCUGUGGCCUUUUCUUUUGGCUGACAAAAAGAAGUACUUAAAUCCUCUCUACAGUUCCAAAUCUCAGAGAUUGACAGUCUUGGAGCCAAAUACAGCCUCUUUCAAUUUUAAAUUUUGGAGAAACAUGUACCACCAAUUUGAUCGGACGCUCCAUCCCCGGCAGUCUGUACUGAACAUAAUUAUGAAUAUGAAUGAGCAAAACAAGCAGUUAGAGGAAGACGUUAAAGACCUAGAGGCUAAAAUUAAGCAAUGCAAAAGUGGCAUCCUGACGAAGGACUUGCUGCAUGCCGUUCACCCUGAGUCGCCCAGUCUGAAAACCUCACUGUGUCUGAAAGAGCAGAGUCUGCUCCCGGUGAAGGACACACUCCGAGCUGUAGAGGGCAGCAGCCCAGCAGAUAAUCGCUACUGUGACUACACCGAGGAGUUUUCCAAGUCGGAGCCUGCUGUGGUCAGCUUGGAGUACGGCGUGGCCCGAAUGACUUGUUAGCCUCCUUCAGUGGUCCCUGGAUGGCUGUAGUGUGAGAAGGGUCUGUACACACGGGCAGGAGGUCUGAGUGACUUAGGGGCUUAGCAGCAGGUGAAUAGCUGAGAAAAGGUAGCAGCUCUUGGGAGGAGUAAGUCAGCCAAGUGCCACUGGCAGCGAGCGAGUGCUGUUGUGUGUGCUUCCUGGAAAUGAUUUACACAGUGCUAGUGAGCUGGCAGUCUGUUGAUUCAGAUGUUAAUUACAGCCAAACUCAAUAGCUUUCCUUGAGUGUAAUGUAACUCUGAGAGAACAGACCUGACAACCUGAACCCUCAAUGACUGACAUGGCAUGUGCUUUCAGUUCUGGAGCUGUGGCCGUUUGCGUAUUCUGCCACUUAGUGACAUUUUAUUGAAGUGCCAUGUGAAGUACUUCUGAGACAGCCUUAAAGUAGACUCUCGGUUGGUUCUGUGGCCUUUAUAGCCGAGGACAGGAUGUCUGAUCUCUCCUUUAAUCAGCCUUAUUUCUUAUGAAGAGCUGCACUCUCAUUACCUGGGGGCCGCACACUGCAGCGCUCUACAUGGAGAGCUGUGAGUACUCCGCUAGCUAGUUCGUGAUUAGCCAGCUCCACCCGUAUUGAAAUUAGUGCUACGGAAGGCUUUGUUCUGGUUGUCAGUUGUCUCGAUCUGCAGCUGACAGUUCAUUAUUCACAGCUUAGAGGACUCAUUUCUUAGGCCACUAUAAGCACAUUUGGCAUUUACUUUCGGCUUACUGCAGUCUAUUAAUUCCUCCUCUGGUUGGCUUUAAUCCUUUGAUAACUGUACAUUUAAAGUGGCAAAGCUCCAAAGUGUUCUGAGUACUACAUACAUUUUUACCUUGAGAGCAGCUGCCUACAGACUUUCAGGUAAAGGAAAGGGGGAGUGCUGGUGGUGGAGAUUUGCGUGGUUAUGAUUUUAAAGCGACCAUUUUUAUGUAGAGCAUAUUUCUUUUCUCUUAAUAUAGACGGGACAGAGAAGGGAGCACUGAGGGAGGCAGUUAAUGUCCAACAAACGGCAGCUUUGACGCUGGAAAAGGGUUUAUUUUGCUUUGUUGGACUCAUUGUUUAUCCCAUGCACUGAGACAUACGUAUCUGUUUUUUAAAAAUCACUUGCAAUUGGCAGUAUUACCAGCUGGCUUUCAAACAAAGUUUAAUACCAUUGAUGGUAUAAAGUACAGUUCAGGGGCACUAUGAAAUCUGUGUAUGUUAUCAUAUAUAUCUCCUGAUUAUAUCUAUAUCUGUAAUAUUUCUUGUAUUAGUUUUGAACAUAAGUAUCUUUUUUUGGAAAAAAAAGCUUUAUUGUAUGUGAUUUUAUCUAGUCCUUAUUUUUCCAGUUUACUUGUGUAAGCCCUUAUGUAAUAAAACACUGCAUUUUAAAGCAUAACAGAAAUAUACUAAAAAAUACAAUGUAUAAUUAACAGUGUUUAGACAUUGGGAAGGGAAACUUAAUCUCUGAGGCCACACAUGAAGUUCCGUGCCUUGGUUCCCGUCAGGCUGUGGGUUUAAACUUCUAUGGCAGACUUCUUAGUCAUCUUUUCGGUUCAUUAUGCUAAUCAUCAAUUUCACAUGUAUAUAUGUGUUUACAUGCUCACACACAGAUAAGAUCCUGAGUGACGCACAGGGCAUAUGUUGGCAAAAGUCUGUAAAUGUCUUAUAAAAUUAGGUUUACAUUCAUUGUGUUUUGGGAUCUAUAGCAUGUAAAUUAUUUCGUGUAUUAUUUAAAGGCAAUUAAAUGUUCGUGUUUUAC